AUGUCUUACACAAAGGAGCAAGAGUCCAUCGUUCUAAAGGUUCUAUCGUAUAAACCGCAUCAGUUCUACGAGAUUCUUCAGGUGGAGAAAUCCGCCAGCGACUCGGAAAUAAAGAAAUCGUAUCGGAAACUCGCCAUUAAACUCCAUCCAGACAAAAAUCCACAUCCGAGGUCUUCAGAGGCAUUCAAAUACUUGAACAAAGCUUGGGGUGUGCUUAGUGAUGAGAGCAAGAAACGGAUCUAUGAUCAAACCGGGUCGGAUCCAGACAGCCGGUUUGCAGGAUACGACAACAGCGAAGCUUCAGCAUCGGGUGUAGAUCCUCGGAUGUUCAACUCGCCGUUCGGUGGAGGCUUUGGUGGCGGCGGUUAUGGUGGAGGAGGUUCGCUAGAUGAGGAACUUUUCAACCUAUUCUUUGGCGGCGCCGGUAGAGGAGGACAAACAUUUACAUUCGGAAAUAAUGGGUUCACGUUCCAAACGUUUGGCAACGGGCCUUCACACCAACAUCCUUUCUUCACCUCCAACGGCGGUCGGACUCGCAGGGCCGAGAGACAACGCCAACGCACACAGCAGCCAGAAAAUGUUUCCGUGCUUGAUACCAUAAAGCAAUUGGCACCGUUGCUUCUCUUUCUUCUCGUGCCCAUAUUCUCGGCUAUAUUUUCCGACAAUAGCAGCCCUGAAUACUCAUUCAAUAAGACCAGCGUCUACAAUAGUGAACGAAGUACUCCCCGUUAUAAGGUUCCGUACUACGUUUCAAAGGACUUUGAACGCAAUAAGGACAUGACAAAGAAACAAAUAAGGCAGUUUGGUUUAAAAGUGGAAAACCAGUAUAUCCUGGACAAAAGAUCAAGAUGCACGCGAGAGCAAACCAUAAAGAACGAAAUGAUAGAGGACGCACACGGAUGGUUUUUCACAGAUGAGGAAAAGCUACAGCAAGCGCAGGAGCUCCCCAUGCCAAACUGCGAGGCAUUGAGGAACCUCAAUCUUAUUUAG